GACUACAAAUCCGUUAGCGCCUACAGCCUCCUCCUCUUUCAUCAUGGCUCCCUCGAUAGACAGGCAAGGAUACUGGGGGCGGCCGACCUCAACACUGGACUGGUGUGAGGAAAAUUAUGUCGUGUCCUUUUACAUCGCGGAAUUCUGGAACACUGUCAGCAACCUGAUCAUGAUUCUCCCUCCCAUUUACGGGGCCAUCCAGACAUUCCGUGACGGCCUCGAGUCCCGCUACAUCUGCUCUUUUCUCGGACUGGCAGCUGUUGGUGUUGGUUCCUGGUGCUUCCACAUGACGCUGCUGUAUGAGAUGCAGUUACUGGAUGAGUUGCCUAUGAUUUACAGUACCUGCGUUUUUGUCUACUGUAUAUAUGAGUGUUUCAAGCAGGAGAAGGGUGUCAGUUUAUUUCCUAUUGCAAUAUUAUUUAUCUUCAGUGUCUCAGUCACUGUGGUAUAUUUGCAGUGGAAGGAGCCAGUGUUUCACCAGGUCAUGUAUGGUGCUCUAGUAGCUUGCCUAGUAUUGCGUUCUAUCUUCAUUGUUACAUGGGUGUACCCAUGGCACAAGCCACUGUUCUACACCUCUUUAGCUAUCUUUUUGUUGGGUUUCCUUCUUUGGAACAUCGACAAUAUCUUCUGUGACUCUUUAAGAGCCAGUAGACAAACACUGCCCCCUGGUGUUGGAGUGGUAACACAGUUCCAUGCGUGGUGGCACAUAUUUACAGGUCUGGGGUCUUACCUACACAUACUUUUCAGCUUGCAGAUCAGAUCAACCUACCUCAAGUACAGGCCAAAAGUAAAGUUUCUAUGUGGAGUGUGGCCCACAUUGCACAUUGAACCACAGAGGACAAGCUGAAUGAAGGAAAGGGGGCCAACCGAAGGAUUGUGACUGCCAAAGGCAGACAUCCUCGGCACCGGGACCUGCCAAUGUCACCCUGCAGCUGCUGGGGGGACCCAGCCAGGGGGAGGGUGGGCCCCAAGACACCACCCCAGGGACCCUUCAGCUCUGCACUGUGGGGAUUAAGUACAGUAUAGCACUGAGAUCAUUUCUAAGAAAUUAUUAUUUUUUAAUCACCAUAAUUUAUUAGACUAGUUUUUCUGUAAUUUUAUUGGAGUGUAGUAUUUUAUUUGGUUAUUAAUUUUGGAUGCAAUGAAGUGAUCUGUUGAAGUGACUAAUGCUGAAAGGGUUUUGGACUUUAGCUUGGGUAGGGUUUGGGAAUGGGGUAAUGAGUGUCAUUAAUGCAAAAGUCACAUGACAUUGCCUUUGUAUGUUCAGUCCUGUGAAUGUUUAAAUCCCCUUCAAAUGCAUCCCUGUUAGUAGCAAGUAUAGAUCAGAGUACUUUGCUUAUCGGUAGCUGAGAGAACACUACUUACAGCACAUCCUGUCCCUAAUGUAGUUUCGGGAUAUGCUUACUACAAAUGGAGUAAAUGCCAGCUAGAAAUCUGAUGCGGUGUAGCUCAGAUGUCUCAACUCAUCAUAGUUGUUCACUCAUUUGCUUGUUUGUUUUUUAAUAUUCUAACGUUUUAAGUUACACUGGGAAUCAAAACACACGUCUGAUGUGUGAGGUAUUUUAAUAGUACAGUGCUCGUACAAAACAAAAAAAUUAUUGACAAAGUUAAGAUUUUUCCUGGUGCAAGGCACAAGACAAAUCACUUUCUACAUCUCCAGUUUCUCUGAACAGACAGAAAGCUUCCUCUUCCUGCUAAAGCGAUACUCUGAACUAAUUUGUGCUUUAUGAAGAACUACAGCCACCACGGGGGUAGGUGUAGUGGAACCAUAAUGAGACUACCUCAGGGUUGUUAUACAGUACAGGACAGUCAUACUUGAAACGUUGAUAGUGAAACUAGUUAAAAGUCUGUCAGUAGAACUUUAGUUGUUGAAAGUGAAUCAAAGGACCAAGUGAAUGACUGGAACAUGUCUGAGUUGUUACAUCUUUAUGAGCUGCGGUGAAUGAAGAACUGGACUUGUCCACUUCUGGCUUGCUAAAUAUCUCCUUCUGCAUUAGCUAUCCGGUCUUUAAGCUUGAGUCUGAGUCAUUAGCCAUGCCUGGGCCCAAACUCCACUGCAGGUCUCAAAGUCACAAGAUCACUGCGGCAUCAGUGAGAGUUAAAACUGUCUAAAUUCUUUCAUCUUUAAUAAAAUAAUCAGUGUUGCUGCUUUACCAGGUGUAACAAAUAAGUUUAACAUCCAGGCAUCCAUGAAAACAGAAUUUAUGAAAUUUAACAGUUAGAAGUUAGCAGGAAGUUAGCUCACUAGCUUCCAUCUAAAUAUAAUAUAGCAUGUUCUGAGUGAGGGAUUUCAGAAACAAAUUAAGACGUACAGCUCUGCUAUCACUUUCAACAUAAAUGAAGACAGAACUAAACAGCAGUGACGUUUGUAGGGUUACUGACGUUUGGCUAGCUGGUAUAUAAUGAUGUGCUACUUGAUCGCUAGCGACACAGCUAUGUUAGCAUAACGUAAAGCUAGAGAGAAUAAAUCAACUUUUUUCCACUCAAUAAAAGUUAACGUGAGGGUUCCCGAAGGUUAGGGACAAAUGCAAUCUUUUGGCAGGAUGCUGUAAACGGACUGAACUUCAGUCAGGAGAACAACUGAGAUAAGCUUGUUGAGAUUAAAUAGAACAAGAUACAAAGCAUUAAAACAUGUAAAAAGCACAAAAGCCUUAUUAAACGCAGAGUAGUUUGGGCCCAGAAGCAGGAUUCAUCACACCAUCACUUAAAGACUGGAUAAUCCCCUCAAUGUUCAUUGAUCAUUAUGUUAAAGAACAGUAAUAUGGCUAAGUGUCCAUAGUAAUUCUGAGAAAACUUUCAAAGUCCCAUCUUUUGACUUAUAGCCAAACAAUACAUUUUAUUUAAAAAACAACAACAUGACUUUAUAAUGACGAGGCAAAUUGUGCAAAUGCACAUCUACAGACACCUUGUGAUACAGUUUCUCAUGCAACCACUAGGUGGCUGUAAAUUUCCAGCAUAUUUCAGACAUUGCCAAGCUUGUCAUUAAGUGUAUGAAGAACUACCUAUCUGCUCUAGAUCUGGCUGUUAGGAUCCAUGCUUACAUUUGUGUGGUGAAAUGAAGGGCUUUUUUCUUUCCAAUGUUUUUGUUUGGUUACUGUGAAACCAUGGAGAUGUAUGUAAAACUGGAAGAUGCACAACACUACAGUAGUGAGAGAUUCUUUGGCAUUUGCUGUGGCCUCAACUGCUGUGCACUGGAUCUUGAGACAACAUGUAGUAUUUUCAUUUUUUUGGUGUUGUUGUCAUAAUUAAACGCUGUGUCACCAACUCAUGCUUGGGUCUAAUAAGUACACAGACCCAGUCUCGGAAAAACAUUCGCAAGCACAAUGUACAAAAGAAAAGUAUUACCGUUGUCCACAUGCGUGUUUGGAAACAUCACUGUAUGAUAUAGCUUGAAAACGUUGCUCAUCAGUAUGGGUGAUCAGGUGUCAAAGAAGGUGCCUUAUCGUUUUCCUAGCAGUGUAAUCCGAGUUGCCUUGAUGUUUGUGAUAAACCAUUCAGUUUGUGUUCUGCAGUGUGCCCUUCCCCUGAUUAUUUGCAGUGAAGAAGAGCAAAUUCUGCCAUGGUUUUUGUUGUACUUUGAUCAUGUGCCAGUCUUUUACGGUGUCAUGUAUUGUCAAAUAAAAGAAAUGUCAAACUUCCAUCACCAUA